ACACAUUUGCAUACCAAUCUCGAAUGUUGAUACCAUUAAUGAUUGAUUAAUAAUGGUAGCCUAUUGUGCUAUCGACUUGUGUAUUAGUCUGCAUAAUAGAUAAUAUAUUUAUAAGAAUGUCAUAGAUGCGAUUAUUUAUGUGUUAGUGAUUCUGGUGCAAUAUAAGAAGAAACUAUAAGCUUAAUAAUAUUCAACAAGCAAAUAUGAAUAUUCGUUUGGAAUACCGUUCACAUCAUGCAAGGACAAGUACACAAUUCCUAUGGGGAUCUCAAAAUGAUUAAACAUAAUUCUUUGCAAAAUAGUUUACCAUCUACUGAUAUUAGUAUGAAUCAACUGCCACCCUUGAGUAUGCUACCACAAUGGACACGUGUUAAUACACUAGAUAAAGCCAGGUACCCUAAACCUUUUAUAAAGGACAGAUUACAACCUCUGCCACCAAAUAAAGGUGAAGGGGAGGAGGGAGACUCAGAAUUUAAUAUGAAUCCAGCCCAGAGGUCUAGUUAUCUCGAGCGCAGCAUUAAAUUUUUAAAACAACAGCAUCAAGAUAUUCUCAAGUGUUUGCAUGAAGAAAUUGAUAUGGUGAAAAAAGAAAAUAAAGAGCUUCAGUUCAAACUUAUUAUGAAUCAAAAAAGAAAAAAAAGUGCAAAAAAAUUGGAUAAACAAGAUGGAGGUACAACAGAGGAAGCUGCCAAUGAAGAUGAUACAGCCUCAAUAGAUUCUAAAUAUCUGGAGGGUACAGAUAAAUCACGAGAAGUUAGAGUCAUUUUCCUGAAUGAAGAAAUAAAAGAGUUGAAACGUGCUCUAAGGGAGACUACUAAUACCAACACAUAUCUUAAACAGCUUGUUGAGAAAAAUGAAGAAGAGGUUAAAAGACAGCAAAUUACAAUAGAAAAUUUGAAGUCCCAGACAAACCAAGAAGGUCCAGAAACAGCUUAUAUGGUAGAACAGUUAGCAGCUAGUGAAAAAAUAUUUAGUCAAAAAUCUACACAGCAAUUAACUCAGUCAGAAUAUCAGGGCAUUAUACGACAUUUACAACAAGUCAAUGAAAAACAGUCACAUGAGCUUGAAAGUUUAAAGUCUGAUCUACGUGAUGUUCUAUAUUCCCAUAAAUGGACGCCCGAUGCAUAUUUAUUAGCUAAAGCGUAUGUAGCAGAAGAUGAUAGUAAAGAUAGCAAAACUAGUAAAUCAGCUCUACCUAGGAUACCACUUAAACACCCUACUAGAAAAUUACCAGAUUUAGCAUAUGUUCAGCGUGAUAAUGUUAGUCUACCAGCUUUAAAACAUACAGUCAGUAAUAAAGCCACAGAACGACAGAAACGAACACAAAUAAUACAAAAAGCUAGACAGAGAGAAGAAUUGUAUAAAUGAUAUGUUUCAUUUCUAAAGUCAUCAUGUUUUAUUGUCAUGACCAUUAUUUUAAUUAAUCGCUGUAUUUUAGGCUAUGUAUUUUGUUUGUCGUGUUUGAAGCAGCUUAAUAAUACAAAACUUGUUCAUAUUUUUAAACCACAAAGUUGUUAUAAAAUGAAAAUUAAUUUACCCCGACAUCCAUACAAAUAUCACCUUAAAAAAUUAAAAAAAUAAUUAUUAGAAGUGCAAUUUUUCUUAGUGUAUGAUUUGCUAUUUCGUUAUAUAUUUUGGGUAAAUUUAGUCAUAGAAAAGAACUGUGCACUUUUAAUUCACAUUUGAAAAGAUGGUGUAAAAUGAAAAAAAGAUUUUGUGGUUUGGAAUUAUUAAAAUGGCUUCUGGAUGUGAUGUUAAUAAAUAAAUCAGUUGAGUUGUAUCAACACAAUAAGCCAUCAGAAGUACAUUAACAACAUGGCCGCUUACUGUUCCAGAGGCUUUCCAAGUUUUCUUGCUUUAUUUACAAUAAUCUAUAACUAAUAACCGGAGCACAAUUAUAUUGUGGCAUGGAAGAAGGGAGCAAGUUUUGGGAACUGGAAAUGGUUUCUUGAUAUUCAGGUUAUAACCCAAAAAAAAUUAUAAAGGAUAUAGAAAGCGCUUACUUGCUGGAAAUAUUAGAAUAAUGAUUAGGGUAAUAGCAAUCGUCAGUGUUAGAAUUAUAGAUUGUAGCUGUGAUAAUAAGAAUUGUAAAGAGUUCUGUCAAUCCUGAAAACGUAUGUGGUAUGAGCAGAAUAAUCAUGAUGUAAGCACGCAUUUUAGCUUCAAGGGUUGGUCAAAUAUCAUAUUCAGUUUAUAUAUCCCCAUGUUAUUGAUACAAGUAAGAAAUUUUAACUUGCUCUUGUUAGAAAUUAAAAGAUGUAAAUAUUUUGUUUUAAUUACUGUAGAAUACAAAAAAUAAUUCCAUGGCUAAUGGAGCUGCAGCAAUACACGAUUUUGUAUUUGGGUAUGUAAUGUAAAAAAUUUAACGAUUUUCAACAUGUAUUAUGAAUCAUAUUUUAAUUAUCGGAUUGUUUUUCAUUGUUCUUGAAAACAUGGCUCCAAUAUUCUUCUGACUCAAUUGUUUGAUGUGGUCAAGUAGUAGGGCACUUUCCACCCGAUUAAAAUAUCCCGGGUUCGAAUUCCCACAUGGCUAGCCAAGAACAAACUUGAAGUUUUGUUCCGACUCGUCAGAAAUGACGGUCAUGGGGCUAAAAAAGAAAAGUAUGACUAGUAGUUUGGAUGGUAUUGAAAUGGAGGUCCACCAAUGAAUACAUGAAAAUUACCUUCUUGUGUUGAUGAGAUAUUUAACCCCAUUUAAUUAUAUCCUACGAUUCUCAUUAUUUCAAUAUGUCAUUGUGACCAAGCUUCCCAGAAUAUUAUCUUAAUUUUGUUACUGAAUAUAUUGUUGAUAAAACUGCUGUUAAGGAGGUGGUAUGAUAAUUUAUGUAAUAUUGUUGAUAUCUGUCAUGUUUUAUGUACAUAAUUAUUGUUAAUAAUAAUAUAGCUGGAUUGAUGUGAUAACGAUUAAAUUAUAAAACCAGUUGGUUUUAAGUUUA